CACCCGCCCCGCCCGCCGCCCAAGUUCCGCGGAGUUGGCGGGGCCGCGCCGUCGGUGCCCGCGGCGCGCUCCCCUUCCGCGUUCCGCCGUCCGCCCCACCUGGCGCCCCUGACCGCCGCAGGCGCCCCGCGCCAUGGCCCGAGCGUCCCGGGAGCGGCGCUGACGGCGGCCGGCGGAGCGCGCCAUGCCCAGCAGGACCAGCCCCAAGAUGGACGGGAGCGGCGGCCGCGUCCGCCUGAAGGCGCACUACAGCGGGGACAUCCUGAUCACCAGUGUGGACGCCACCACGACCUUCGAUGAGCUCUGUGAGGAAGUGCGGGACAUGUGCCAGCUGCACCAGGAACUUCCCCUCACCCUCAAGUGGGUGGACAGUGAAGGUGACCCCUGCACUGUGUCCUCGCAGAUGGAGCUGGAGGAAGCCUUCCGCCUGGCCUGUCAGUCCCGGGGUGAAGGGCUCGUCAUCCACGUGUUCCCGAGUGUGCCCGAGCAGCCAGGCAUGCCUUGUCCAGGAGAAGACAAGUCCGUCUACCGCCGGGGAGCCCGGAGAUGGAGGAAGCUCUACCGCGCCAACGGCCACCUCUUCCAGGCCAGGCGCUUUAACAGGAAAGCAUACUGUGGCCAGUGCAGCGAAAGGAUAUGGGGUCUGGCCAGGCAGGGCUACAGAUGCGUCCACUGCAAGCUGCUGGUCCAUAAGCGCUGCCACAGCCUCGUCCCGCUGACCUGCAGAAGGCAUAUGGAUUCUGUCAUGCCUUCCCAGGAGCCUCCAGUCGAUGAGAAGAAGGACGGCGUGGACCUCCCCGCUCAGGAGACCGACGGAAUUGCCUAUAUUUCUUCAACCCGGAAACACGACAGCAUUAAAGACGAUUCCGAGGACCUGAAGCCUGUCAUCGAUGGGGUCGACGGGAUCAAAAUCUCUCAGGGGCUCGGGCUGCAGGACUUCGACCUCAUCAGGGUCAUCGGGCGCGGCAGUUACGCCAAGGUCCUCCUGGUGCGGCUGAAGAAGAAUGACCAGGUCUACGCCAUGAAGGUGGUGAAGAAGGAGCUGGUCCACGACGACGAGGACAUCGACUGGGUGCAGACAGAGAAGCAUGUGUUCGAGCAAGCAUCCAGCAACCCCUUUCUGGUCGGCCUACACUCCUGCUUCCAGACAACCAGCCGGUUGUUCCUGGUCAUCGAGUACGUCAACGGAGGCGACCUCAUGUUCCACAUGCAGAGACAGAGGAAGCUGCCAGAGGAGCACGCCAGGUUCUACGCUGCUGAGAUCUGCAUUGCUCUCAACUUCUUGCACGAGAGAGGGAUCAUCUACCGGGACCUGAAGCUGGACAACGUCCUCCUGGACGCCGACGGACACAUCAAGCUAACGGACUACGGCAUGUGCAAGGAAGGCCUGGGCCCUGGUGAUACCACAAGCACUUUCUGCGGAACCCCGAAUUACAUCGCCCCGGAAAUCCUGCGGGGAGAGGAGUACGGGUUCAGCGUGGACUGGUGGGCGCUGGGCGUCCUCAUGUUUGAGAUGAUGGCGGGCCGCUCCCCUUUCGACAUCAUCACCGACAACCCUGACAUGAACACGGAGGACUACCUUUUCCAAGUGAUCCUGGAGAAGCCAAUCCGCAUCCCCCGGUUCCUCUCCGUCAAAGCCUCCCAUGUCUUGAAAGGAUUCCUAAACAAGGACCCCAAGGAGAGGCUCGGCUGCCGGCCACAGACCGGCUUUUCGGACAUCAAGUCCCACGCCUUCUUCCGCAGCAUAGACUGGGACCUGCUGGAGAAGAAGCAGGCCCUGCCUCCCUUCCAGCCGCAGAUCACGGACGACUACGGCCUGGACAACUUCGACACGCAGUUCACCAGCGAGCCCGUGCAGCUGACCCCAGACGACGAGGACGUCAUCAAAAGGAUCGACCAGUCUGAGUUCGAAGGCUUCGAGUACAUCAACCCGCUUCUGCUCUCCACCGAGGAGUCCGUGUGAGGCCGCGCGUCUCUGCCGUGGACACACCUGUGAAUGACCCCGUGACCUCAUCCUUCACCACAGCAUAUGCAUGCCAGGCUGGGCACGAGGCUCCGGGCAGCCAGGGAGGGACGCUGGCCCCAAGACUGCGGAGGGAGAUGUCCCCUCGGGCAGGCGCCUCUGGGCAGAGCAGCCUCUUGCACCUGGGCCCGGAGAGGCCAGCUCCGUGGGGAACCGCUCUUGCGCCUGCGCGGUGGACAGCUGGCCCUGGCCAAGAGAGACUCACGCCCUUUCGAAGGUGCACGUUUUCCGCGGAAGCAGACCUCAGUGCACUGACCUGCUCCUCCGGGAAGUCAGUGUUGUGUCCUGAGGAAUAAAAUGUACCCAUGGUGUCCA